UCUAACCUGUCACUUUGAUCAAAACGCACUGGCCACUAAGAACAAAAUAAAUAUACAACGUACUGGCCACUAAAAAAGAAUUGACUCAUUUACAUAUCACACUGGCCAAAAACCGCGUUGUCAAAGUUUAAAAAGUGAAACCAUAGAGCCAUGAGAGUCUUGUUGAUUUUUUUAGUGGUGUUGGCGGCGGUGGCGGCGGCACCGCAGAAGUCUACGUUGCAAGCGGGACCAACAGACACCGGAAGCCAGCCCUUCAUCGAGGAGGUGGUGGUGGAGUCGGUGCUGAACGUGCGCGCCCCCGCCGGGAGACAAGCCAGGACCAACACCAAGACAGACUUGGCCCACGGCACUAAGGUGGCCGAGAAAAACUAGGCCUGACUGCUUAGCUAUAAGUUAUAUAAAGAACAGUAAAGUUUGUUAAACAACCCGUUCAUGGAAGAGGUGCUGAACGUCAAAAACGUUGACUGUCAAUUUUCUUUUCCACAUACUUACUUAAAGUAUGUACAUAUCUAUUUGUGAUUCCUUUAAGUCCCAACACCAUAGCUAUUUUAAUGUGGAAAAAGGCGAUCUAUAUGUUACAACGCUUGUAAUCAAGGUAUUGGUUACAUUUUUGUAUUGCUUCAAAACUGUUUGUAUUAUGUACAUGUAAGUACCUAAUUGGCAAGUUAAUUACAAGUUUCGUAAGUGUCUUGUGUGUGCCACUUUUACAUCUGUUGCCUUUACGAGUUUGACCCGACCACAUACCUUAUCCAUUAAAAGCGAUUGGUAUUAAGUACUUACAAUUUUUUGUGAAAAACCAAUACCUUGAUUACAA